GAAAGAGCCUGGAUCCAAUGAGAACAUUGGAAGGCAUGUAUUGUGUGUGAUAUAUUAGGAAUGACCUUCCAGAUUUUAUUCUGAGCAGAAGAAACCAGAAUUUGUCGCAAUGGCUGAUAAACCGGAUCUAUCAGAGGUGGAGAAAUUUGAUCAUCGGAAAUUGCGACAAACUACCACGAAUGAGAAGAAUACUCUUCCCUCUAAAGAGACCAUUGAACAGGAAAAGGAAGCAUGCAAAGAAUAAUAAAAGCUCUUUGACCCUUCCAGUCUAACUUUGACCACCUCUUCACUAAUCCUCCGUAUCUGCUGGCUGUAGAAACAAGUUACUUUUCAACUGGACCCUAUUGCCACAUCUUCCACAAAUAAAUGCAUUGUAAAAAUGAAA